UAACCAGAGCACUGGAUGCGGCACAGGGCUCUACACGCGUGUUGAACACUACCUGCUGUAGGCAGCUCUCUGUGCCCACGAUGUACUUCUGGACAACUGGACAGGGGAUGUUGGCGACAUGGUAAAGUGUUUUAUGUGCUUGCAUCUGACCUUUCUCUACGGUUGUGAACUAACCGGCAGCGGAUGUGACCGAGGGAGCUAUUUUAUUUAGUAUGGAUCUGUACAUAUUGUCGCUGGCAAUCCACGGGCUGCGUGGCUUGAUGAGGGAACGCUAAGGUCUGCAACUAGUACGGCGUGUGCUUCGUGAAUUCAACAAAUAAGAGACAACGUUCAAUUAGGUCAGCGUUCUUGUAAACUCGGAAUAUACAUGGGACUGUAGUUUCCUGGCGAGUCAUCGUGUCUGUCUGCGACUACCGUCGACUCAACAUUACAAUGUUCCACGAAGUUAACAACAACCUGUGGAGCGUUUGAAUUAUAUACAUGACCUGCGUCGGAUUAAACUCGAGCUCGAUUGUUAGGUUUAAGUAAGGCUGGAGGGAUGCGACAGUCGUGGUUUAACUGAACGGCGGGAUUACUGAGACGGACACAAAGAGACGAGACUUGACGAGGAUAUAUCGUUAAGUAUCGACAACAGUAGGAAUGUACGCCACCACAGCUUCAUUUGGAGUACUUGUUUUAUACGUCCUUCACCUUGUGAAUGGGGAUCUACCCGACAGAUUGCGGAUCGGCGCUCUGUUUGAGAAAGAGCAUGAUGGUCAGCGCCAGGCAUUUGAAUGGGCAGUAGAAAAGAUCAACCUCAGGAACGACGUUCUUGGCAACACCAUCGUCGUGGUGGACGACCAAGAGGUCUUGGAGCAGGACAGCUUCAGUGCCCAAAGAAAAGUAUGCCAAAUGGUUGGGAAAGGAAUUGUUGGCAUCUUUGGUCCAGUGUCAUCCCUCUCUUCUGCGCAUGUGCAAUCCAUGUGUAAUGCAUUCGAGAUUCCCCACCUACAGUGGCACUGGGACCCCCGAGACACACGUGAUUACUACUCAAUCAGUCUGUUCCCACACUAUCUGACCCUCAGCCAAGCCUACAGGGAUAUGGUGCGCUACUGGGGUUGGACCAAGUUCACACUCCUGUAUGAAAACAAUGAAGGACUGACUCGCCUGCAGGAAGUGCUCAAGGCACCGGAAAUGGGCAAAGCUCGAAUAACUGUUCGAAAACUAGAGCCGAUCAACAAUGAUUAUGUGAACAUGUUCAAAGAGCUCAAAGAGAAAGGACAGUUCCGAAUGGUCAUCGACUGCAAGUUGACAAGUGUCAAGAAAAUUUUACAUGCGGCACUGAAAGUGCAGAUGUUGUCGCAAUAUUAUCAUUACUUCUUCACAACACUGGAUCUUGGCCUAGUAGAUCUCGAAGACUACAAGCACGAUGGCGCUAACAUCACAUCUCUCAGACUUAUCGAUCCUGAUCGGCCUGAAGUGGUCAACGUUCGAACUGAUUGGUUGUACAAGGCAAGGAGAUCGGGGGAUUCCCCACUCAAAGGCUACUCUGAGAUUCAGGGAAAUAUCACCGACGAUGUAGCGACGGAGACUGCGCUAGCCUACGACGCCGUCCAGUUGUUCUCUCUGGCGCUUCACGAGUUGUCCCAGGCCCAGGACGUGACCAAGGCAGUGUUGUCCUGUGACACCAAGCAAACAUUCCAGUUUGGAAACAGUUUACUGAAUUUCAUGAAAUCGCUGAACUUUGAAGGUCUAUCAGGACCGAUCCGAUAUGAUAAUGGAGAGCGCAGAGACUUCAGCUUAGACGUACUUGAGCUGAAACUAACAGGCCUUAUGAAGGUUGGUAGCUGGAACAGGCAUAUCGGUGUUAAUAUGACGAAAACAGAUGAUGAAAGAAGGAAAGAAGUGGAAAGUUCUCUUAAAAACACAACAUUGGAAGUUGUAGCCGUGGUGGAAGCUCCGUAUGUUAUGGAAGUGAAACACGUAGACGGUACCAUCACUUACGAGGGCUUCUGUGUGGAUCUUCUGGAUGAAAUCUCUAAAAGAAGGCAAUUCAACUACAGCAUCAGAGUAGUUAGCACCUACGGCAAGUUGAAGAAUGGAGAAUGGUCUGGUAUUGUCAGAGAACUAAUCGACAGGAAAGCAGACCUUGGCCUUGGUGGCAUGUCCAUCACCCAUGGACGAGAACAGGUCAUCGACUUCACGAAGCCUUUCAUUACCCUGGGUAUCACCAUCUUAUACAAGAAGCCAACCCCCAAGGCUCCACAGCUGUUUUCUUUUCUCUCUCCCCUGUCUGUGGAGGUGUGGGUGUACAUGAUCGCAGCCUACCUCUGCGUCAGUUUUAUGCUUUUCGUUAUUGCAAGGUUUAGUCCCUACGAAUGGUGCAACCCUCACCCCUGUAACCCAGAUGCUGAUGUUGUGGAGAACCAGUUUACCAUCCUCAACAGUCUCUGGUUCACUAUUGGUUCCCUUAUGCAGCAAGGCUGUGAAAUCGCGCCUCGGGCCAUCUCCACCCGUCUUGUGGCAGGCAUGUGGUGGUUCUUCACACUCAUUAUGAUCUCCUCCUAUACCGCCAACCUGGCUGCUUUCCUCACCGUGGAGAGAAUGAUCUCUCCCAUAGAAAGCGCCGAAGAUCUCGUCAAGCAAACAGUCAUCAAAUACGGCACACUGGAGGGAGGCUCCACCAUGGCGUUCUUCCAGAAUUCCAAAAUUGAAACAUUCAAAAGAAUGUGGAAUUUCAUGAAUACAUCCGAGGACAAUGUGUUUGUGAAAGACGGAGCCGAGGGUGUGAACCGAGUGUUGGCAGGGGGAUACGCCUAUCUUGGGGAAUCCACGUCAGUAGAAUAUAACAUCCAAAGGAACUGUGAGCUGAUGCAGGUGGGAGGCCUCCUCGACUCCAAGGGAUACGGCAUAGCAACGCCACCGGAGUCCCCUUUCAGGGACUCCAUCACGGAGACGAUUCUAAAGCUUCAGGAGGAGCAGUUUAUCCACACUAUUCACGACCGAUGGUGGAAGGAGAAGAAUGGUGGCGGCAAGUGUGUGGCUGAGAAGAGCUCCAACCAGAAGAACAAGGCAGCUGAACUCGGGGUGGCGAACGUGGGUGGCGUGUUUGUAGUGCUAAUGGGAGGUGUGGGUGCCGGGUUCAUCAUCUCCCUCUGUGAGUUUAUAUGGAAAGCCAGAAAAAAUGCCAGAAAGGACCAGCAAACGCUUUGCUCCGAAAUGGCUGAAGAAUUCCGAUUUGCUGUGAGAUGCUUUGGAUCAAAGAAACCUACGAAGAAACGAGACAAGGAGAUAACAGAUAACGGACUGCAGUUCAUGCCGUUGACAGGCUACGGACACAAUUCAGUUGGUGGAAAGGAAGUGUACGCAUGACAGGAAGACUUGCUAUAACUUUGUACAUGUUCUGCAAGAGAGUGCACAGUCGUGUUGUGAGUGAGGGGAUACGUGUUUGUGUACCGGAAGUGCCAGAAAAUGACAUAAAAGACGAUCACUCAUCUGGAGGGCAUUUGAUCGAUACAUCUCAAUCAAAGGAGAGCUACUUGCUCCCAAUAAAGUGCCUUAUGAAUAAACACAAAUCAUCUUGUGAACCCAGGUUUGUUUAUUCCUACCAAAGCUGAACCAACUCACAUGAAGCUCAUCCGGUAAAGACCGGAAACAUGUGCUAUGACUGUCUCGCAGUGAAGAUGAACUAUUUUGAGAGUUUACAUACAUGGUUAGCUGUGGAGGCCAGAUUCGGUAGAUGAUGAGAACAUAUUUUUGUACAAAUGCGUGUAAGAUAAGGCUUUAUGUAUGUGCUUGUAAAAAGACUUGCUGAUGGUUUGUUCUGUCUGUAUAAAUAGUCUUCCAUGCCUAUAUUGUAGGUGCAAUGGAGGUUCUGUUGCAGCCUAGAGUCGAGCUUCUAGGUAUGUCCAUACUUUUGAUAGGUUCAUACAGGCUUUGGUAACUUUAGAUGAACCAACAUGACCAGUUUAGUUAAGCACAGUCUUUCGCCUCAAAUUCCCACUGCUGACAUGUCAAAAACGUCAUAUGUACAAUACAGGAUCCAGGAUACUGCUCAAAUAUGUCGCCCUGUGGGAAGCGCGGGUUUUUUAAAUGGUCUUUGGAAUGAUUUGAGCAGUUUGAUAAUGGUUUGUCUAACUUUUAUUGAGUAUGGCACAUGGUACAAUUUGUAGACAUAUUGAACACUAUAAAUACUAAUUAUGUCAUCUCAUUUCAUUAAGCAUCAGACGUUAUUUAGGAAAGCAAGAAAGUUAACGUGUCACAAUGAUGUUUUUUUUUAAUACUGGGUUUGUAGUACACGACGUUAUUCCACAUACUCUGAAAUAUUCGUGAAAUUCCUCAGACAAUGCUCAUGAGAUAUUAGACUUAUUCCAAUGAUCAUUGGUAAGCUGAAUAUGUCAAACUAAAUAUCAAAGGUUGAUCUCUAAAAGUAAAACAGACUUUUCAUACCAAUUUUACCAAAUUACAACCGACUUUUGAUAUAUCACCAACAUAGCUGUCUCGAAGAAAGCAACACUAACUGUGGACUUUUUUAUCAAACUGAUUCAAGUUAUAACAUACUACAAUUCUACUUUGCCAUACAGUCACUAUAUGUUUUAACCGAGGAAAGUGUGCUUUUCAAUCGUGGUUAAAAGUUGUUUACCAAUAACCUGUGAUUAGUUUCACACAUGUCAUAUCCUGGAAGCUCUACUGUGAAGUAUAUCUUCAUUCGCUUCCAUCUUUCGCAAGAAAUUCUUAUCUGAGUAGAUCAUAGCCGGAUGUGUGUACUAAAAGAGAAAUUAUUAUCAAGCAUUGAAUCGGGGCAAUGCAAGAAUUCAAUAUCAGUUUGUUUCUUAUCUUUACAAAUCCGCGUCUUAUUGAAUAACCGAUUGUAGGCUUCGCCUGGACAUCAUAUUUUGUUUUCAAUGAGGGCUCGUUCAUAUGUAUCAUCGUCAGACUUUCAUGUAUUCAAUUGUACCCAUUGCCUUUUUAUUAGAGAUUGAUUUCUGAAGUGAAUGUACGUUGUGUGUAUAUAAACAAACUACAUUAAAUGUUUUGGGUGAAGACAGUUUAAAGGACUACUGGAAUACGACUUGUUGAUUGGAAUUUUACUUGAUCUGUUACGAUUAGUUCGCGUUAUCGUUUACUGUUGCAUGCAGUGAAUAUGUGGUCAUGUCUACUAUCAUUUUGCCAAUGAAACGGCCGCUGUGUUCACCUAACUGGAAACUAUUAUAUGGCCUUGAUAAUCAGUAUGGAUGAGAUUCGUUUUUAAGGAAUGCCAAUAGCAUGCAUAUUACCUUGAGAACAUGAUUAUGUAGCAUAUGGUGUGUUUUGUGUGGGUGUAUUUGUAUCAGUACAAAUAUGUCUUAUCAUAUAUGCAAAUACUGUGCUAUUAUGUUGACUUUCUAGCAAGCUAUGGAUGUAUCAAAUUGGGAAGGGUCUGACUAGUGGAUUCGAACCCAGACUUUUGUAACUUUGUAUACAGUGUCCUAGUCAGUGAUGGGGCUAUCUCCCCAUGCUGUUGAUCUCCACUGCUUACCAUCAGUCAACACCGUCUUGUUUACGACAAUGCUAUAUCACACACACCUUUCCAAGGAGAUUUCUUCAACUUCUACCGCACCUGUUUUGUGAGAUUCUUUUAUGAAACUAUCACACACAAACCGUGUUGAUAUCAUUCUCUGCAACAUCAUGCCAUAACAUGAUAUUUCAAAGUUCAUGCAAAUUUCAGAUUUUGGAGAGUUAAACAUGAGUCAUUCAUACGCUGUGAACCAAGUAGCAGUGAACAUGCUGCGUUCGAGAGACAUUUAUGGGGUGGGUGUUGUACUGAUAAUGUCCUGUAAAUACUAUAGUAAUCCACUGAAUGGUGAAAUAUUCUGAGGCCAUUAACCAGUUAUGUGUGAUCACAGGACAUCAAAGCAGACCAUGAUGUAUUUUUCAAAACAAUAAUGAUCGCGACUAGGUCGCGAAUAUUUAGCAUCCAAAUGGCCUUUGCUUUGUCGUGUUUUGAUUUAUAUUGAACAAACACGUUCCAAAGAUCGCAAUCGUGGCACGGCCAUGUCGUGCUCCGGUCGCCAUCAAGGGAACGUGUGUUUUUACCACAGCAAUUGAAUCAAGUGCUGUGAAGAGCUAUAAAGUAUUUGAAAUUUGCCGUUUACAAUAUUCAGAGUCGUCACAGUGGUUAGAACAGAGCCAUCUGGCGGUCUUAUACAUCCUACACCAAAACGUGGAUCUACCGAGGGCACGGUUAGCCAGCUGAUUUACUUAUGGUAUCAGGCGACCGUCUCAUCGACUUUGACACCUCUGGUGCAUCUGAAAAUUAUGUACAUGAACUCAUUGGGGGUUGUCAAAUUGGGGGUGUCUCACUAAUAUUCCUCAUCAGUAGUAUGGUUAUUCAAUGGUGUUUAUUGCAUCAGAAGAGUUAACAUCGUUUGUGUCAUGCACCCUUAUGUGAUACUUGCAAGUUAACAGAAUUGCCUUUUGUGGGGAUAGUUAACACUGGACAAAACUCCUCUCUCUCUCUCUCUCUCUCUCUCUCUCUCUCUCUCUCUCUCUCUCUCUCUCUGAAUCAAUAUUCAUUUUCCUUUCUUUUCGUUAAAUGACGUACUGUUGUAAUAUAUUUCUCAGGAAAUCUGGGCUUGUGUAAAACAUAAUAAACGGUUGUUAUGUCAUAUGUGGUCAAUGCAUUGCCCCCCCGCGUUCAAACUGUAACAUAAGCCAAAACAAAAAUACAUUGAAUACAUAAUACAUGAAUGUU